AGUAGAUGGCAGUAACACGUUGAAUGCUGCCAGCUUUUUCUUUUUCUUUCUUUUUUUUUUUUUUUUUUCCUUCCAGGGCCGUUUUCUGAUAUAUGUUGGGUAUCAUAGAGUGAAUCUCAGAACAGGAAGCGGAGGCAUAAGCAGAAAGGAUUCUGGAAAGGUCUCUUUGUUUUCAUAUCCACAGAGAAAGCAAGAAAAAAAAAUUGAAUGUAAUUUGCAAAUCCCUGUGGCCCAAAUCUGAAGAACUACUGGGGGUGGCACGUUCCAUUCUAACCAUCUUGGAUGCUGUCCUUUGUUGAGCUGUGAUUCCUAAGGCUCUCCAUCAGGCAAUUCUUAUGCAAGAAGCUAAACGUAAUUAAAUGUGCAGGAUGAAAAGAUGGCCCAGGCACUGCUGGUACCCCCGGGACCUGAGAGCUUCCGCCUUUUCACUCGAGAAUCUCUUGCUGCUAUCGAAAAGCGUGCUGCAGAAGAGAAAGCCAAGAAACCCAAGAAAGAACAAGACAUUGACGAUGAGAACAAGCCAAAGCCAAACAGUGACUUGGAAGCUGGGAAGAACCUUCCAUUUAUCUAUGGAGACAUUCCUCCAGAGAUGGUGUCGGAGCCUCUGGAGGACCUGGACCCCUACUACGUCAGUAAGAAAACUUUUGUAGUGUUGAAUAAAGGGAAGGCAAUUUUUCGAUUCAGUGCCACCUCCGCCUUGUAUAUUUUAACUCCACUAAACCCCGUUAGGAAAAUUGCUAUUAAGAUUUUGGUACACUCUUUAUUCAGCAUGCUUAUCAUGUGCACUAUUUUGACCAACUGUGUAUUUAUGACAUUGAGCAAUCCUCCUGACUGGACGAAGAAUGUAGAGUACACAUUCACUGGGAUCUAUACCUUUGAGUCACUUAUAAAGAUCUUGGCCAGAGGAUUCUGCUUAGAAGAUUUCACAUUUCUUCGUGACCCAUGGAACUGGCUGGAUUUCAGUGUCAUCGUGAUGGCAUAUGUGACAGAGUUUGUGGACCUGGGCAAUGUCUCAGCGCUGAGAACGUUCAGAGUUCUCCGAGCAUUGAAAACAAUAUCAGUCAUUCCAGGUUUAAAGACCAUCGUGGGGGCCCUGAUCCAGUCGGUGAAGAAGCUGUCUGACGUCAUGAUACUCACUGUGUUCUGUCUGAGCGUCUUUGCUCUCAUCGGGCUGCAGCUCUUCAUGGGCAACCUGAGGAAUAAAUGCUUGCAGUGGCCUCCAAGCGAUUCUGCUUUUGAGAUCAACACUACUUCCUACUUCAAUGGCACAAUGGACUCAAAUGGGACAUUUGUUAAUGUAACAAUGAGCACAUUCAACUGGAAGGACUAUAUCGCAGAUGACAGCCACUUUUAUGUUUUGGAUGGACAAAAAGAUCCUUUACUUUGUGGAAAUGGGUCCGAUGCAGGACAAUGUCCAGAAGGGUACAUCUGUGUGAAGGCUGGACGAAACCCCAACUACGGUUACACGAGCUUUGACACAUUUAGCUGGGCCUUCUUAUCGCUGUUUCGACUCAUGACUCAAGACUACUGGGAGAACCUUUACCAGUUGACAUUACGUGCAGCUGGGAAAACCUACAUGAUCUUUUUCGUCCUGGUAAUUUUCUUGGGCUCAUUUUAUUUGGUGAACUUGAUCCUGGCUGUGGUGGCCAUGGCCUAUGAGGAACAAAAUCAGGCCACACUGGAGGAGGCUGAGCAGAAAGAGGCGGAGUUUCAGCAGAUGUUGGAGCAGUUGAAAAAGCAGCAAGAGGAGGCUCAGGCGGUGGCAGCUGCCUCAGCAGCGUCCAGAGACUUCAGUGGGAUAGGAGGGUUAGGAGAACUUCUGGAGAGUUCUUCAGAAGCUUCCAAGUUGAGCUCCAAGAGUGCCAAGGAGUGGAGGAAUCGGAGGAAGAAGAGGAGACAGAGGGAGCACUUGGAGGGAAACCACAGACCCGAAGGAGACAGGUUUCCCAAGUCGGAAUCAGAAGACAGCGUCAAGCGAAGGAGUUUCCUGUUCUCCCUGGAUGGGAACCCGCUGAGCGGCGACAAGAAGCUGUGCUCUCCCCAUCAGUCUCUCUUGAGUAUCCGUGGCUCCCUGUUUUCCCCAAGACGCAAUAGCAAAACGAGCAUUUUCAGCUUCAGAGGUCGGGCGAAGGACGUGGGGUCUGAGAAUGACUUUGCGGAUGAUGAACACAGCACCUUUGAAGAUAGCGAGAGCAGGAGAGACUCACUGUUUGUGCCGCACAGACCUGGAGAGCGACGCAACAGUAACGUUAGUCAGGCCAGUAUGUCAUCCAGGAUGGUGCCAGGGCUUCCAGCCAAUGGGAAGAUGCACAGCACUGUGGAUUGCAAUGGUGUGGUUUCCUUGGUGGGUGGACCCUCAGCUCUUACGUCACCUACUGGACAGCUUCCGCCAGAGGGUACCACCACUGAAACAGAAGUCAGGAAGAGAAGGCUAAGUUCUUACCAGAUCUCGAUGGAAAUGCUGGAGGAUUCCUCUGGGAGACAAAGAGCCAUGAGCAUAGCCAGUAUCCUGACCAACACGAUGGAGGAACUUGAAGAAUCUAGACAGAAGUGUCCACCAUGCUGGUAUAGAUUUGCCAAUGUGUUUUUGAUCUGGGACUGUUGUGAUUCAUGGUUGAAAGUAAAGCAUCUUGUGAAUUUGAUUGUGAUGGAUCCAUUUGUUGACCUGGCCAUCACCAUCUGCAUCGUGUUAAACACACUGUUCAUGGCCAUGGAGCACUACCCGAUGACGGAGCAGUUCAGCAGUGUGCUGACGGUGGGAAACCUGGUCUUCACCGGGAUCUUCACAGCCGAGAUGGUCCUGAAAAUCAUCGCAAUGGAUCCCUAUUACUAUUUCCAAGAGGGCUGGAAUAUCUUUGAUGGAAUUAUUGUUAGCCUGAGUUUAAUGGAGCUUGGCCUGGCAAACGUGGAGGGGCUGUCCGUGCUUCGGUCCUUCAGACUGCUGCGAGUCUUCAAGUUGGCAAAAUCCUGGCCCACACUGAAUAUGCUCAUUAAGAUCAUCGGCAACUCGGUGGGCGCACUGGGCAACCUGACCCUGGUGCUGGCCAUCAUCGUCUUCAUUUUUGCCGUGGUCGGCAUGCAGCUGUUUGGAAAGAGCUACAAGGAGUGUGUUUGCAAGAUCAAUGAGGACUGCAAGCUCCCGCGCUGGCACAUGAACGACUUCUUCCACUCCUUCCUGAUAGUGUUCCGCGUGCUGUGUGGGGAGUGGAUAGAGACCAUGUGGGACUGCAUGGAGGUCGCGGGCCAGACCAUGUGCCUUAUUGUGUUUAUGUUGGUCAUGGUGAUUGGGAACCUUGUGGUUCUGAACCUCUUCCUGGCCUUAUUGUUGAGUUCCUUUAGUUCAGACAACCUUGCUGCUACGGACGAUGAUAACGAAAUGAACAACCUCCAGAUCGCGGUGGGAAGGAUGCAAAAGGGGAUUGAUUAUGUGAAAAAUAAGAUACGGGAGUGCUUCCGAAAAGCGUUUUUUAGAAAGCCGAAAGUGAUAGAAAUCCACGAAGGGAACAAAAUAGACAGCUGCAUGUCCAAUAACACGGGCGUAGUUGAAAUAAGCAAAGAGCUUAACUACCUUAAAGACGGUAACGGAACCACCAGUGGCGUGGGUACUGGAAGCAGUGUGGAGAAAUACGUAAUUGAUGAAAAUGACUACAUGUCAUUCAUCAACAACCCCAGCCUCACCGUGACGGUGCCAAUUGCCGUGGGAGAGUCUGACUUUGAAAAUUUAAACACGGAAGAGUUUAGCAGUGAGUCAGAACUGGAAGAAAGCAAGGAGGUGCUUAAUCAACAGAAAGUAAUGGGUUGGGUGUGUAGCUCAAGGGUAGGAUUCUUAGCAUGCAUGACGUCCUUUAGUACCCAACACCACACCCAAAAGCAACUUAAUAUCGUAUGAUAAUGUUGGAACAUCAUGAGAAAUGGGUAAGUUCGUUUAAUUAUAACUUUCCAUGGGAAAUCACAACUUGAGCGAUUAACAUGUUCAUUUUCUUGAUAACUUGAAAGCCUGAUUUAAUAUGCAAUCCUAAACAAAAGAGAUACUAUUUAACACAUUUUUUCCCUCACUAGUUAUUUGUUUUAGAAAACUCAAUGAACUAUAUUUUAAUGGUGGUAUGCCAUCACUGUGAAAAAUUUACAUAGUCUUUAUUCACAUUUAAGUGUUUUAUUUACCAUUUUGUUUACUAGGAAGGGUCAAGCCAUACUGAUAUUUUUCCUAUUAAAGAUGAGCAAACCUAUGACAUUUUCUAUAUUACCUUAAAAAUACUGAAGAGUAACAUUUGAUGAUUAUAGUGGAUCUACAGAUGGGAAAUUUUCCCUCUUAUGAGUAGUUGAUCGAAUGAAAAGAGAAAAUUUUCAUAUGCUAUGAUUUGAGCUCAUUUGGGUCUAAUGACAAUAGCUUAGUGGCAUUACUUCAAUAUUUUAUUAUUAUUUAUUUAUGGCCUUUGGAUGUAACAGCUGGAGGUUAAUCUAGCACAGAUGGUGUUAUAAAAGAUCUCUAGCUGGAGGGAAUACCAUCAACACCCUAGGAAUCAGACCAAUGAUGUUUGAUUCUAUGGAUUCUCUUGGAGCUUUUGAAAACCAGUUACACCAAGAUAAUUUGCUCUAGAAAUCCUUAUUAGAAGUUUAUGGCAUCACAACUCACAGUGGUCCCAUUCUUUUCAUAUUUUAGAAUAUGUUUUAAAACUAAAAAACAUAUAAACAAAAUGAGGUAGCAAUGUUUAUUUUCACAGUUGCACACUAAUUGUGCAUAGCACAUCUAAUUCACGUUGCUCAUCCUAGUAGCUAAGACUCAAUUCUGGCUUUAUUUUCUAUCACCUGGCGUAGAAUUGACUUACAAAGGAACCCUAGAGGACUAGCAGGCAUUCACUGAUUACUUUGUCCAAUUCGGUCAAAGACAGUCUUUAUCAAGUGGUUCCCAACAAACUCAUAAAGUCAUUAAAACUCUAUUUAAUUGAUCUUACAGGCCGGUGUUAAAUUCUUAGGCAUUUAAGAAUGGGAAGGGAGGUUAAAUGACAGAAAAUUGCAAUAGGCCUCAUAUUUGGGUCACAUCGUUAAAAAGUGGAAAGAUACUGUUCUCCAAAGGAGAGCCAGGGUUGAUAAUGAGCUCCUGUUACUCAGGCGAGUGGAGAGCAGGAGACAGGGCAAAGGAUGUGCCGGUGUGUCUGGAAGCUCCAGACUGCAGCCUUGCAGAGUAACUCAGAGCUUGGAAUUGUCUGCAUGGUCACGAAGGAGUGCUCUGAAACAGAAGCAACUAGAAAGGGGUAUCCUAGGAACAUCUGUUAUUAAAGAGUAAAGGACGUUAGACUGAGAGAUAAUGGAGAUUAACUUACACACUGUUAUAGCAAUGAGAUGGUGAAAUUCUGGGCCAAAAUAAUAGAGAACCAAGAGUAAUUGGCAAUUUAACAGACCUCAAGAAUCUGAGGAAUCAGAAAGUGGCAAUUCCACUGUCUGAUAAGGGCUUCUGAGGAAGGUCACCAGGUUUGUAUGGAAAGAAUUCGAUUUGAGCUUUAAGUUUUGCACAUCAUAUCCAUAGAUUCUGCAUACCAGGGUUCAGUCUAACUCUGAUCAAAAAGAUCACAGAAAAACCAUGUCUACUGAAUAGAUACAUACUGUUUUCUUAUUGUUCCCUAAAAGAAUGAAGGGUAAUAAUUAUUUACAUUGUAUUUUGUACUAUAGAUAGUCUAGAUAUGAGAGUAUUGUGUAGGUUAAUGCAUGUACUACAAAUAGUAGGCCAGUUUAUACACAGGACUUGUGCAUCUGUUGGUUUGGAUUUUUGCAGAGUCCUAAACUGACCCCCUAUGGAUAACAAGGGAUGGUUGGGUUGAAGGUAACAGUGUUGGUCAGAGUCGGAGUUCAGAGCAAAAAUUAGACCAAAUAAUGGAAGACUUAAAAUUAUCUGGGUCCCUGAAAAUAGGAGAGGUCAAAAUAUAAUUAUAAGGCAAAAAUAGGGUAAAGCCAAGGACAGAAUUGUCUGACUAGUGUAAGGUCAAGAAAAGACAGAAAAGCCAAAGCUAAAUAAAGGAACUUCUAUUGCAUUAAUAACAGAGAGUGAUGACAGUGGGCUGGUGAAGAAUACCUCCAUGUGUUUCUGUUGAAAAAAAAAUGCUUUUAAUAUAUUUGAAAGCCACCUUAAGAUCCACAGAUAUUUCUUUUGAAUGGCUUAAACAUCAUACACUUGGAAUAUUAAAAUGUAAUUCAUCAUUCAUUGUCAAUUUUUGGAAAACAUUUGUUUCCCCAACAAAAAUUUAUUAUUGGGCAAUUUCUAUAAUUCUAUACCCUUUCAGUCCAAUUUUGAGUAGAUAAGGUCCAAUUACAUUAAUGACAUUUUUAAUAUAUAAAUGUUAGUAGGAACAUCAUACACACACACUUGGUUAGGUUUUGAAAUGCUCAUAAAAAGCAAUAUUAAAUAUUGCUUUGCUGCGGAGCUAGUGAGAUGCCCCAGAGAUUCAAAGCACCUGCUGCUCUUGCAGAAGACCUAGGCUUGUUUCCCAGCAUCCACGUGAUAGGUAGCAUCUGUCUGUAACUCCAGUUACAAGGGAUUUGACACCGCUCUGGACUCCAAAGGCACUGCAUGGUUCACAUCUAUAAGUACAGGAAAAACACUCAGAUGCAGAAUAUAAUUUUUUUAAUUAUAUUGUUAUGAAGAUUGGUGGUAGGGAAGUGAGAGAGGAUCUGAGGUAAGGGAAGGAAUAGGGUCAAAGUUCAAUGUAUUACAUUCUCAAAGAAUAAUCAAAACAUUAUUAUGUAUGUUUCUCAAUAUCACGUUCUGCUUCAUAAAUGAUAAAUUUUUCAUUUAUUCAACAUUAAGUUUAUGUGGAUGACAUAUUUAAGUUAGUACCACAAAAACCUAUCCAAAAGCAACAGGAAAAUUCUCAUAUAUGCUCAGAAACAUCACAUAACAUAGAACUUUAAAAAAUAAUAGCAAAUAUUGGUAUACUCUAACAUUACAGGACAGAUUUAGCUAAAUUCCACCUAAGUAUACUUCACAUAUGCACCACCUUGCACAGGCACACACACACACACACACACGUGAUACUUUCAUUUGUUUUUUGCUAGUUUCUGGACCACAGCUGAAGUAAAGCAUUGAGUUCUACUUUGGAGAGCAUGUGAUAGCCCUUGGUUUUGCUCACAGAGUAAGCAACCAGUAGGCUGAACACAACAGAGUUUUAUUACAUUUAUCCUUAAAACUAAAAAAAAUUCUAAAUUGCAUACAUUUUCUUCCUUUACAUUAGGUAGUAAACCAAUCAGCUUAGAUGGUUUGAAAACCUGAACUACUCAAGUAUUUCCACUCAUUUCUGUAAUAAAAUAUGACUAGCAACCGAUGCCAGGGAUAAACAAUUCCUGAUACAGGUAUAAACUCUAGUAUUUUAUGCAUUAUCUAAUGUGUAUUUCAUAAAUGCCUUCAUUAUGUGUGUAUGUAUAUACCACUUAUAUAAACAGGCUGAUAUGGAAACAAACUCAAAGCUUUGCAUGAAAGAAUUGAAGACACGAAUUUCAAAAUACUUAUAUUUCUAAUUUAGGGAAACUCGAAUUUCUGCAAAUAGUGAAGCAUUCUCUAAUGUACCAUUCUGGUUUUUAUGGUUUCAAUGUUCACAUAAUCAUAACUAUAGAUCUUUCUAAUUUAAUGUUUAAAGGAUUACUGACUUAUCUUCCCAAAGGAAAGAUUUAGGAGAAAUGCUUUCAAUGACCAUGUUCUUAGCUGAAUUCCAAAUUCAAUCUAGCAAUAGCCUACCAUGACCUUCACUUCUGACCAUUCUUACUUCUCACAGGGUGAGACCAAGCUGGCGCCAUCAAGAAUGCCACUCUGGUGUCUUUUAAGCAGCCACAGGCUCGAGCCACCACUUUUACCCAGGUUACCCAAGCAAGUUGUGCUAAUACAGUCACGUCCUAAAUGAAUUUUGACUGGCCUGCAUGCUCUGCAGCUACAUUCCUUCCCCUGCCGUGGCAAGGAAGUGCGAGGCUGGCCCAGCUGUUCUCUGCUGAAGCGUGUGACACAUCACAGCAUGGUCAGGCGACAUGGGCAGUCCCAACAUCAUGUUUAAUUCUGCUGAUGGGCUUUCCACUUUAGUCUUUUAGUUUUCAAAACAGAAAUAAUUGCAUGCCCGAUGAGAUUUACCACAAUAUAAAUUUUAAACAUACCAGCAAUUCGAUAUAAUCAGAGACUUAUGAGAGCAUGCACAUUUUUAAUUUCUGUUUUUAUUUCAUUAAAAUAAGACCACAGCUUUUUUUUUGUUAUUGAUGAUUCAGCCCUUAUAUGUAAACUGUGCCACCAAAAUAAGCUUCAAGAGAUUUGUGUGUAUGUGCGUGUGUGUGUGUGUGUGUGUGUGUGUGUGUGUGUGUGUGUGUGUGUAAGAGAGAGAGGGAGAUAAUACUGCCAUUUUUAAGUCAUUAUAUUCAGAUCAAUGAAUAUCACUUUCUAAUGAAAAAUUCCCGUGCUCCAGAUGGAAAUGUUUGCUUUCAUGCUUUCAGAAAGGCUCUGUUAAAAGCAACAGGAGAGUAGUGAGAUCUUGAUAAAGCCAGAUAUUUGUCUGAAUGUGCAUCUGAGCACCAGGUAUCUUUGAAGAGUUUGGAAAAUUUUUUUCAGUCAAGUGUCUGAUAGAAACACGGUGGUCAUCCUAAAGCAAAGCAAAGGAAGGCUCCAUGCUGUAAGCAUGUCCCAUGUGACACACAAGGCACACUAAAUCAUUGCUCUAACAUACUUGUUUGUUUUUUGUUUGAUGUUAAUCGUUUUUGACUUGGUGUUUUCCCUGUGUACAUUAAUCUUACCCUAAAUGUUCUACCUUAGACUGAGUGUGCAAAAAAAAUGACACUUGGAACAUUUAUGGGUUUUGAUGGUUGGUUAUAGCUUUCUGAGGAGCAGAGUCAUCUCCUGCAAAUACUGUGAUAGUCUGGGUUAGCUGAGUCUUUACUCUGUAGACUUGACUGUCUCCUGUUGGUGGUGUUGCUUACUGAUUUCUGCCAAAGUGAAAGUUUUAGAGGGAAAACUAACCAGAAAUCAAACAUUGCUAAAUGUUGGACUUUUGAUGGGCUAAAAUCUACUUUAAGCUUACAAUUGUCUGUGAGUUUAAUUUAUACAUCCAUUCUCCUAUGGAAGCAUUGAGACUUAAUUGUUGAGUCCUACCAAUACAAAAGUAUUUUUUAAUGAAAAGUGGAAAAACACUGUUGCUGUUGAUUUAGCUGAACAGAAUGAGUGUUGGGAAGUUGUAGGUCUCAUCAUGUUCCUUGCAGGAAGACUCAUUUCUGAAGCUUUUGUGAAAAAUUUUAAAGAACAGGCAUUUGACUGAGUUCUUGAGCCUCCAGCCUACUGGAAAAAGCACUGUGUUGUUUUCAGACAUUGAUAAACGAUGGAAAAUGACUUUAGCUUUUGAUUUCUUGACUUGUCUUUCAAAUAACAUUUCAAGAGGCAGAGAUGGGUAUGUAAAUAGCCACUUUAACCCAUCUCCAUCUUUAAAAAACUGUCUUGGUGUUCUUCUGUGGAGGAAACCCCAAUUAUGUCUGGUUCUGAUGGAAAUGUUUAUCUCCCGUUUCAGGAUAAGUGGUCUUUCUCUCCUGCUUUCUUAAUGCCCUUUGCCUUACUCUUCACCUACAAUGUAAUUACUUUCCAUUUACAUACCAUGCUUUUAUGAAUAUGGCUAUUUUUACAUAAAAGGAGCACUGAGGGUAUUGCACAUUUAACAUAUGUCAAGGAGAAACCAGAUGGUGGCAGUUUAUAUUUUUUAACCACUCAGUAAGUGGUUGGAAAGUGAGUUAUUGGUUUUAGUCACUUCUUGCCUUGGACAAGCAACAAAUGGCCUCAGUAUAUGGCUGUUUGUUGUUCAUAUAAAAUGUUUUAAACCAGGAUAUGAAUUUUCAUAUCCAAGUUAUCUCACCAAGGUCCUAAAAAGACUUUCUUUGUCUACCUGUGUGACAAAAUCGAGAAUUCUUGAGAGUAAUGGCUCGAUUUUUGAGGCAAUCUGUAAUGGCUGAAUCUUUUAUUUUGUCUCUUGAACCAUACAGCAGUUUGUAAGAGUCAAACAAUGUGAGCACUGAUUGAAAAAACGAAUGAAAUGUGAGCGCAUUUCAGUGGAAGUAGGCCAGUUGCUAACAUUCUCUUCCAUCUCUGAAAGUUAAAUUCUAUUAUUUAAUUGGACAAAACUUCAAGAGCACUAUUCAGAGGACGGGCUCUAUCAGGUCACGUGAUCUGGGGAGGAAAACGGUCCUCUUGGCCUGUUUGGUUGCUAAUUCUGUCCUUCCUCUUUUGAGAUAACCCAUUCCUCUGGGUGAGUGGUAGUUGUAGUUGACCUGGAAAGCAUAGUAAUCAAGUACCAUGUUUGAGAGCAUGGUUCUUGGAUCAGUGAGCGCUUCCACAGCACUGCGCCAGGCUUCUGCUAUAGCCAGGCAUGUUUUCUGCGGCUGAGUUCGGCCUGGAGAAUGUUGCAUCUUAAAUCCUGCUUCCAGCGUGCAUUCAUAGAGCCUGAAUCAUCAUCCUUUUGUAGACUCAGUAGUCUCUACAAGGGAUGGAAGACUCUAACUUUUAAGGGCCAUGUAAUAUUGAACAGGUUAAGGAGAAAAUAGUACAAGGAAGCAAGACUGAACUUGUACUAUGUGGAGGACUUCUGCUGUUAUGCCUACAUUUCCAGAUAUGUUUAUUUGUUCUAACUACCUUGGAACAAGUAUUAACUUUGGCUACUUAGUGUAUUUAUGUAAUUUAAUAUGGUAAAUUUCAUUUCUGGUUUCUUUGCUCUUUUGAUAUCAUUGUAGUAUCACAACUCUGGCAAUAUAAAUGAAAGUAAGUUUUUCCUUUGUAUAUAUAUAUCAUCAGUCACUGCUUUUAAAUAAGUCAUAUGCUUUUCAAUUAAUCUGAUAGUCGUUUUGGCAUAGUGAUAAGAAUUUUACCCUUUGUUAGAGUAUGAAUUUCAUAAUGUUUAGUAAGUAGUCAUUUAUAACAAUGUAUAGAAUUAGUAUAAACUGUUCUUAUACCAAUGUCUAGAAUGUAAGUGCUUAUUUUUCUAGAAAGUAAAAUAGUGAUUUGAAAAUGCAGAUAUGAAUUUCUUCAUGUGCUCAGUGACUCGAGAAUACCAGGUAGUAUAUUGAACAGUUUAUGUCACUUAAUCUGAACUCAACUCAUGGGUUCAUUUACUAAUGUAAGUAAAAUGGCUACCUUUGAUGUCUUCACAUAGUUUAAACAAGAUUUUCGUAGUUUCACAGAAUAAAAUAUUUUCUAUGACCAAAAUAUGGCCCGAGGGUUUCAAACAGUGUUGUGCCCUUGCUCACCACAGAAGGACUAGAGCUCUGGCUCGUGGAAGCUCACUCUAAACCCUCAGAGAGUAGAAGCCUCCUGUAAAACACUUAUGAGACAGAAACUAGUAUACCAUCUUUCAGUUUUUGGUUCAUGAAAGUCCUAAGGACUUAUAAGAAGCCCUCUGUACAUUCUUUGGGAAACUUUCCAGGGCUGAAGCUAAAAAUGCUUAAUAACCAGGAAAUCUCUUGGAUGGCUACAAAACAGCUCUCAAUAUAAGCAGGUUCUGCUCUUUAGACAAGACUAGAAAGAAGACAAGAUCCUUUCCCCACAUAUUUUUAAGACAUGCUGAAUAUCAGAGCACUGGGCAUAUGGGGGGGGGGGUAGAAAAGUUUUCUCCCUAAGAUACAUAGCAUUAUCUCCAGAGCCAACUGGAUAUGGGCAUUAUGAUAUACAAAUGUAUUAGCUAUAGCUGUACAUGUAUCAUUUUAAGUCAACACAUUAGCAAAAUUACAUCUAGUAGUCCACACUGGGCAAGCUAGUCAUCCAGGUUAGUAGCUAGUAUUAAUUGUACUAUGUUAAAUAAAUUAUAGUAUGUUAAAUAAGUGUCUGUAUUUAAGUAUAAGACAUCAGUGUAGCAUUGAUAAGAUAAAUUUGAUUGAACACUAAACGUAAUGCCAUUGGUUAAUGGGAAGUGAAGGGUAAGUAUAUUUUUAAAAAAUAUUCACAUGAGAAAGCAUACAUGCAUAUAUAUUUAUAUAAUAGUAAUAGCAUUCCCCCCUCAAUAUUCUUUAUUGAAUGCCUGGUAUUAUAGAAAAAUAUUUGGAAGUAUAUGUUUCUAAUAUUCAUUGAAAACAUUUUCUAAUAUUGCUAGACUUUAUUCAAAUCAAUGUAUUCACAUAAUUUAUCAAAAAGUAGAGAUAAAGUGAUCUAAACAUUGUAAUUCUCAUCUAUUCACUCUUCAUAAAAGCAACAUGAAGAUUAUAUCUAUUCCCUACUUGCUUAUAUAAUUGACAUUUUCAUACAUAAUAUGUAUGUGUACUGUGUACUUGGUAUGUAUGUGCAAGUAUAUGUUUGUAGACAUAUACAUGUAUAUCUGUUCACUCUUCUAUAUAAAAACAUGCACACACAUGUAUAGAUGAGCAUAUUUGGCCAAAGGCAAAAGUGUAGCAAGCUAAAUGAACCAUGACAUUUAACUGAGGCAGUCAUGUAAGACAGAAUUUAUGGAGAAGGUAGAUCAUGACCAUGCUCAAAAGACAUUAUUGAGCAUAGCUGGCCAAGAGGGUGACGAUGCAUAUGAGCCUCUUUUAUGACUCAUCUCUGAAUACUUUUGUUUCUUAUCAGUGCUCUUUAUGCAGUGGCAUGAUUGUGCCCACUCAUCAAAAGCCAUAGCAUUCACCCCACCAGCCACUGGUGAAGCUGAGUGCUGGUUCCAAUUACCCAGUAUGCCCUGAGUUACAACAGAAGCUGCUAUCACUAUACUCAGUCGCAGCUUUCCUGGGCUUUUCCUUCUUUAAGAAUAGAAGUAUCCUGGCUGAGAGAACCCAAAAAGCUUGGGAGGAGAAAGUCUGUUUCAGCUUCCCACAUUUCCCAACGUAAAGGGAUUUGAGGUAAAAAUUUGUGUUGUAUGACAAUUCUAAGACCCAUCAACUCAAAAUGAUCAAAUAGCUCCACUCUCCAGCAUCUAUUCACUAGAAGGGAUGAUAUAUUAAACAUAUAUUAAUACAUAUUACUUUUAUAUUUUAUUAAAUAUUUAGUCUGGCAUAGUUAACUCAAAAUAAAAACACAAGAAGCAAUCACUAUCCUAAAAUUACUCUUUGAUUUUAGUUCACGUUUCAAAAAUAUUAAGAACAUAUCGGCCUUGAGAUUUAAGAUAAGUCAGGAAUUACGAGCCAGAUUCCUCCGAAUAGAACUUCUGUUUAGGGAAGCAUUUAGGUCCAUUUAGAUUAGUAUAUUCACUCUUUCCAAAAGCCAGAACAGUGUGACCCAGACACUGGGCUGCUGAAAUCAGUGGAGCUUUGAAGCCAUUGGUCUGUCUGUGAGAUGUUCUUCCACCUAAAAGCUUUACAUUCCCUAAGCCUUGCUGCCUGUCAUGUUUUUUGCCUCAGUUUCCAUAAAACACUGCACAUCUGUGGUAUGUUCCCACAUGACCCUAGAAAAUUUAUCAGAUAUUUAUCCUGGCAACAUUAAGGUGGCUAUUCUUGCCGUGGACCGUGUCACAAUGAUUUAUUUAAAGGAAAACUUCGCAGCCUGCUCAUGCGUUGCACUCGGAAUAAGCUCCUAAUAAAGAUUCCAGACAAUGUCAUUUAUGGAGAAAUUUCCAUUUCAUUUAGAAUUCUUUGCAAGGGUUGAAUUCAUUUAUGAUGUUCAAAAAAGAAUGAGAGGGGGUGAUCCAUCAUUUUCUUCUAGUAAAGUAAGGAGAAAAUUAUGUAAGCUAGAGAAAAAUAUAGCUCAAAGCUGAGCCAUAAUGAGUGUGAUUGAUGUUAACCUGUAGCCCUGCCUUGCUAAAAUUACAGAAACACGGACAGUACUUAGAAGCAACUGAUGGUGUUCCUGGCCCUCUGAAAAAUUCCAUCUGAAGGGGUGGAAGUUGUGAUCUGAUUUGAUGCAUUUAAUUAAAAUAAUUAGUAGAUGAGAGCAUCCUGAACUUUAUGAGACCCUUCUUGAUGUGGCUGUAGCAUUCGUAGUUGUUUGCACAUGGCCUUCAUGUGCAAAUGAAGAUUCUAAAGUAAGGUUGUCUGUCUUUCCAGGUAUCCACACUAACUCCUGUCCUUCUGUCUAAAGAGUAGACCUUGCUCAUGUUUCUUGUGUAUCACCACCAGUAGAAUUAAAGGUGUCACUUUUAGUGCCAUUUUUUCCCACACAUAUGACAGAGUGUUUCCUGAUCACUUGAGUAAAGGAGGAGAGUCACAUCUUUGACAUGGGCUUUGU